CUGGGCGUCAAAUAGAUCACCGUUAGCAGCACUGGCUUCACUGCCUCAGUCAUGAAAUAAAGCGGCUCCUUAUUGCGGCCGUAACAUCCACGCUGGAGUCUUUAAAUCAGUUCAGUCUUCAUUUUCGUGGCUUCGCUAAUUCUAUAAAAUACACACGUCUUGUCUCCGUGAUAUUGGAUAUUAACCCUGAAGAUUUGCCGAGCUGGAUGGAAGUGUAGAGCAGCACCAUUGUUUUAAUCAGCUCGUGAAGUUGGAUCCAGCCUGAAAAGAAACUGAAAAUUCAACAAAUCCGCAACAGAUACUUUGGGAUCUCCUACCAUUUAAUCAACACUUUGCGAUCAGAUUUCGGAAAUAACUGCCAGAUUAGGAUUUUAACGUUUUUCACAGUCGUUGACAUUUAAAUUCAAUGUGUUUUUCUGUCUUAAAACUGAUUUGUUUGGCAUUUUGUAAAAGUGCUGCAUUGACAAAUCAGCAUUUGACAGCCUAGCAUUAGUAUAAUAGUCCUGUGUAUUGCAAACAUUAUCUUAUUUAAUAUUUUUUUGGAUAAACACUAUACGGAUCUGCCUGUAGUUCAGUUUACCCAGUUGAAUACGAUUUUAAACCACCAUUUAAAUCGUUCAGGUAUAUAUUAUUUAUUUGUUUUUUAUUUUUAAAAAAUGCAAAACGUCCAUAUUCAAGCAAAAUGUGGUAGUUAGACUGACCCCGCCAGGCAUGAAUUAUUUAAACCCUGCUUACUUAUUAGUUGCUUGGUUUCCUGCUGGACAAAAGUCUUGACAUUUGCAGUUUGACCCAGUGUGAGUGUGACAGGAAUCCAGGAGGGAGUUGGCUUUGCUUUCGACUCUGUUUUUAAUCCAAAUAAAGCUCCAGCUGUCAAGACAUCCCACUAAACUUUUCUUUUACAUUAUUAAAACGACAAUGUUUUUACUGUGCCGUUCAAAACGCAGAAAAACAACCCAUUAAGGACGAUGCUGACCAUUUUUGGACACGACACGCUUCAGAUAUCACGAAUUAUCCGGGACUCCGGUGACAGGCAUAUCUAGAUGAGUUUUAUUUGAUGAACUCGAGGCUGUCAGUAAGCUUUUGUAACACGUCUUCUCGUGGAUAUAUCGACAUACAACAUGGGCGACUCUAAUUUGAACGACUCCAAUGUGAAGGUGGCGGUUCGGGUCCGGCCCAUGAACCGGAGAGAAAAGGAUCUGAACACAAAAUGUGUUGUGGAAAUGGAGGGGAAUCAAACACAUCUUUACCCAGCAAACCUGGGAAAAGAUUCCAGCAGGGGUCAGCCAAAGACCUUCGCCUAUGACUACUGUUUUUGGUCGAUGGAUGAGUCGGAGACAGAGAAGUUUGCUGGUCAAGAUGUAGUGUUUCAGUGCCUUGGGGAGAGUCUUUUGCACAAUGCUUUUCAGGGUUACAACGCCUGUAUUUUUGCUUAUGGGCAGACUGGCUCGGGAAAGUCGUACACCAUGAUGGGUUCGGUGGACCAGCCCGGUUUGAUCCCCAGACUCUGCAGUUCUCUGUUUGAGCGGACCAUACAACACCAGCGAGAGGAAGAGAGCUUCACCGUGGAAGUCUCUUAUAUGGAAAUAUAUAACGAGAAAGUCCGGGACCUGUUGGACCCCAAAGGUAGUCGACAGGCCUUGAGAGUGAGAGAACAUAAAGUUUUGGGGCCUUAUGUCGACGGUCUGUCCAGGCUUGCGGUUGAAAGUUACAAGGACAUAGAGUCCUUGAUGUCUGAGGGGAAUAAAUCCCGCACUGUGGCGGCCACCAAUAUGAAUGAGGAGAGCAGUCGCUCCCAUGCGGUUUUCAAUAUCAUCCUCACACACACACUGAAGGACCUACAGUCAGGGACGAGUGGGGAAAAGGUGAGUAAGCUAAGUUUGGUGGACCUGGCAGGAAGUGAGAGAGCUGCAAAGACAGGCGCUGCAGGCGAGCGGCUUAAGGAAGGCAGCAACAUCAACAAGUCUUUAACCACUCUGGGUUUGGUGAUCUCAGCCUUGGCAGACCAGGGGGCUGGAAAGAACAAGAACAAGUUUGUGCCCUACAGAGAUUCAGUGCUGACAUGGCUGCUCAAGGACAGUCUGGGUGGAAACAGUCGGACUGCCAUGGUUGCCACCGUGAGCCCUGCGGCAGAUAAUUACGAUGAGACGCUGUCAACGUUACGCUAUGCAGACCGAGCAAAGAGCAUCGUCAACCACGCCGUGGUCAACGAAGACCCCAAUGCCAGGAUCAUCCGGGAACUGCGAGAGGAAGUGGAGAAAUUGCGAGAUCAGCUGACGCAGGCUGAGUCUAUGAAGGCACCAGAGCUUAAGGAGAGACUGGAGGAAUCUGAAAAAUUGAUACAGGAGAUGACGGUCACCUGGGAAGAGAAGCUGAGGAAGACUGAGGAAAUUGCACAAGAGAGACAAAAACAGCUGGAGAGCCUUGGCAUCUCUCUGCAGUCUUCUGGUAUCAAGGUUGGAGAAGAUAAGUGCUUCCUGGUCAAUCUCAACGCUGACCCUGCCCUUAAUGAACUACUGGUUUAUUAUCUAAAGGAACACACUAAGGUUGGAUCAGCAGAUUCCCAGGACAUCCAGCUGUGUGGAAUGGGGAUCCAAGCAGAGCAUUGUGUCAUUAACAUCACACCUGAGGGAGCUGUCUUUAUCAACCCUUACAGAAACUCAAGAACCUGUGUGAACGGAUCUCCAGUCACCAGCCGGCAGCAGCUUCACCAUGGUGACCGUAUUCUUUGGGGAAACAAUCACUUUUUCAGAAUAAACCUACCGAAGCGGCGCUUACGGGGUGAGGAAGAGGAGGGUGAGGGAGGGAUCAUGAAGAACAGUAACAGCAGUGAGCAGCUGGACGGAGAGGGAGACACCGCCAGUGAGGUGUCCAGUGAGGUCAGCUUCAGCUACGAGUUUGCUCAGACUGAAGUCAUGAUGAAGGCUUUGGGCAGCAACGAUCCCAUGCAGGCUGUUUUACAGUCUCUGGAGCGCCAACAUGAGGAGGAGAAGCGGACUGCUCUGGAGCGUCAGCGGCAGAUGUACGAGCAGGAGCUGCAGCAGCUGCGCAGACAGCUGACUCCAGACAGGCAGAGCAUGCAGAUACCGCAGUCGCAGCCCUUGCAGCCGCACUACCGCAGCUUGGAGAGACUGAGCCAGGGAGGAAUGUCAUCGUCACCCAACGCCCAGAACCGCCUGCGCCAGUGGAGUGAGGAAAGGGAGGUGGUGCUGACACGGAGCUUCCGGAAACUGAGGGAGCAGAUCGUACGGGCUAAUCUGUUGGUGCAGGAGGCAAGCUUCAUUGCUGAGGAGCUGGACAAAAGAACAGAGUACAGAGUUACUCUACAGAUCCCUGCUGCAAACCUCAAUGCCAACAGGAAGCGAGAUGCUGUCCUGAGUGAACCCGCCAUUCAAGUGAGGAGGAAAGGCAAAGGGAAGCAAAUCUGGGCCCUUGAGAAGAUGGAAAACCGGCUGGUGGACAUGAGAGAGCUUUACCAGGAGUGGAAAGACUUUGACGAGGACAACCCCGUGAUGCGCUCAUACUUCAAGAGAGCCGACCCUUUCUUCGAUGAGCAGGUGAACCACAGUUUAAUCGGGGUGGCCAACGUUUUCCUCUCCUGCCUGUUCUAUGAUGUAAAGCUACAAUAUGCAGUUCCCAUCAUCAAUCAGAAAGGGGAGGUUGCCGGGCGACUGCAUGUGGAGGUGAUGAGGAUGGGUGGAGGGUUUGAUGACAGCGUAGCUGGAGGAGAUGACAGUGACGGAAGCCCGGAUGGAGAUGUACAGGAACGCAAGCUGGUCUGUAUGAUUAAGAUCCUGCAGGCUACAGGUCUCCCACAGUACCUGUCCAAUUUUGUCUUCUGUCAGUACUCUUUCUGGGACCAAGCAGAGCCUGUUAUUGUUGCCCCAGAAGUAGAUCCAUCUGCCUCCUUCUCCAGCAGCAAAGACCCCCACUGCAUGGUGGUGUUUGACAGCUGUAAGGAGCAUGCUGUGACUGUGACAGAGGAUUUUAUAGAGUAUCUAACAGAGGGUGCCGUGGCCAUCGAGGUAUUCGGACACAGACAGGCUGAUCCAGGCAGGAACCCUGCUUUGUGGGACCUUAGCAUAAUCCAGGCCAAAACACGCACAUUACGUGACAGGUGGAGUGAGGUAACGCGCAAGUUGGAGAUGUGGGUGCAGAUUCUGGAGCUGAAUGAGAACGGAGAGUACAUGCCCGUGGAGGUGGUGCCAGCAAGAGAUGUUCGCACGGGUGGAAUCUUCCAGCUCAAACAGGGCCAGUCUCGGCGGAUUCAGGUGGAGGUACGUUCAGUGCAGGACUCCGGCACAAUGCCUUUGAUAUCAGAGAUCAUUCUGGGAGUGUCUAUCGGCUGUGUGGAGAUCAGGCAGGUGCGGAUGACCAAAAACAAUGAGCCACAAGAGCCUGAGGGUGAUGAAAUGGAUAGUUAUCAGGAGCGUGAUUUAGAGCGUCUGCGACGUCAGUGGCUCACCGCCCUCACUAAGAGACAAGAAUAUCUGGACCAACAUCUUCAGACUUUGGUCAGCAAAACAGAUAAGUCCGAGGAUGACGUGGAGAGGGAGGCCCAGCUGCUUGAGUGGCGUCUGACGCUCACAGAGGAGAGAAAUGCAGUGUUGGUGCCCUCUGCUGGCAGUGGAAUACCAGGAGCUCCUGCUGAGUGGGUACCAGUACCUGGGAUGGAAACUCACAUUCCAGUGCUCUUCCUCGACUUGAGCGCUGAUGACUUCAGCUCUCAGGAGAACCUAGACGUUCCUGAGGCGGGCGGCUGGGACGCUAUGCUCAGCUCAGAAGAUGAAGAUGAAUUUUUUGACCUUCAGAUUGUCAAACACUAUGACGGAGAGGUGAAAGCCGAAGCCACUUGGGAUUCCACGGUUCACGAAUGUCCGCAGCUGAGUCGAGGGGCCGCCCCAGAUCAGAGAGUAUACUUGAUCGUCCGCACCGUGGUACAGCUCAGCCACCCAGCAGAGAUGCAGCUAGUCCUGCGCAAACGCAUCUGUGUGAACCUCGCUGGACGACCGGGUUUUGCCCAAAAUUUCUUGAGAAGAAUGUCCACCAGGAGCACUAUUCCCGGCUGUGGUGUGACCUUUGAGGUUGUCUCCAACAUCCCAGGGCAGGACAGUCAGAGCUCAGAGGACAGGGAGAUGCUGGCACGUGUGGCCGCCAGUGCUGAGAACCCCAAAUCCUCAGACAAUGAAGCUGCCAUAGAGAAGUACCUGCGGAGCGUCCUGGCUGUGGAGAACAUCCUCACACUGGACCGUCUGAGACAGGAGGUGGCAGUGAAGGAGCAUUUGGCAGGUAAAGGCAAGGGCAGCAGACGCAGUCUCAGCUCUCCUAGUGUGCACAGGUUAUCUGGAAGCAGACAGGAUCUGUCACUAAACUCAGUGCUGGAUGACAACAAGAAUCGAUGGGAAAGUCAGCAGGAUAUCUUCGGUACAUCCUCCCAGUUUAGCAAAACACUGCCACGACCAUCCAGACCUCCGACACCUCCUACACAGAAUCAGGACCCUGAGCAAGGUUUUUCAGGGCUUGCUGCUUCUUAUAUCUCCCCAGUCAAGGCCCUUGUCCCUCAGAUGCCCAAGCUGCUCAAGUCCCUGUUCCCUGUGCGUGACGACAAGAAAGAUUUGAGACCCUCUCCACAGUCACAACAGCAUAUGCCACGAAUAAUGAUGCAAACGGCCAACAACCCUGAUGAAGGAAGAGUAAGAAUAGAACCAGUCGCAGUAAUGGGGAAGAGUCCUGCUUCAGACAGACAUUCAGAUGCUCCUGAUGCCCCGUCCUCUAUGCAUGAUCCGCAUGACCUGCCCCUGAGCCCCAUCAGUGAGGCCUCCAGUGGCUAUUUCUCUACUAGCGUCUCCACUGCCACCCUUUCCGAUGUCUCCAUAGCUUGCGGGGACCUUACCCCUACUCCCAAUACCCAAGCUGGCCCCGUAGCAUCCAGGCAAAAAGGAGAUGACAUUGAAGACUGUCUACUCACCCGUGUUAAUGCCUCUGCUCCUGUAGAAGCUGGGCUAAGAUCUGACAGGCUUAGAAAAGAGGAAGAUACCCAGGCGGCCCACAGAAAUGGCGUCACCACCUCUCAGCAGGAAGUACAGCUAAACGCAAACCCUCCCCUGAUGUUGAGUACCUCCACAGACAACCCUUUCUCCUUCCAGAAGGUCAAAGCCAAUGAACUCAGGUCUUUCAGUAACAUUCUUGCAGACGGUGGCGGAAAAGCAACUACAAUGCAAACGCAGCAAAUUAACAGCCUGGAGAAGCUGGAGAUAACCUUUGAGGAUGUAGAACCCAAGGAACUUGCUUGGCUCAAGGUGGGAGGGAGAGUGACUGUCGGAACCAGUAAGUCCGGCACGGUCCGCUACAUUGGCCCAACGCACUUCUCUGAGGGCGUCUGGGUCGGCGUUGAGCUGGACACUCCCUCAGGUAAGAAUGAUGGUUCCAUUGAAGGCCACCAGUACUUCCAAUGCAACCCUGGUUACGGGGUGCUAGUCCGUCCAGAUCGGCUGACUCAAAGGGAAGCUUCCAAAAGGCACACCGAAAAUCGUCGCAGCGGGGAGUUCAGUCAGCAACUGAGGGGAGGAGCUGGCACUGCCAUUCAGAAAAGAGAAAAUCGCAAAUCCUGGACCAGCUAAUUGACAUUGAGCUGAGCAGGACCGAACCUCCAUAACUGAGCUACACUUCCACCAUCAGAAUCUAACGGAGGAGGUCACCUCCAUCCAUCACUGUUCUUGGGCUUUCCAUGGAGGUGGUACAACAUUCCCUUACAAACCCCUCAAUCAGUUUCGGUGCUAUGCUAAUGUGUAGCAUGUGGGAGUGCUAUGUAUUUUAACAUGCUGCUUCAGCUAUGUUCCUUGAGAUUUGUUGGUUUGGUAACUCAAGAAAGCCUCCACGAGUUGACCGUAAAUUAAUCUUCCAGGUCUUUGGGAUCAACCCAUCAUUCUUGUUUGUGCCCUGGUUUUAUCAAGAGUCCAUUUUUGGACUUGAUACUGCAAAUUAUGCUUGAUUUAUCUUCUCUGUGCAGUCGGUAAUCGAUUUUGUAGUUUCCUGAAUGUGCCUUUUAAGUCAACCCAUUUCUUGUUUGUCAUCCCUCAUUGCACCUUUGUAACACUAGUAUAAACGUGGUAAAUGGUAGACAAGUAAGAGAUUAUCUCAGGGAUUCGAUCAGAGUUAUUGGAUAUGUGUUCAUCUCUAAGCCACUAUCAAGGGGGGUUGCAUAUAUUUCAAGAUGGGUGUUGCCCUGAGCAGGUCAAUGCAGGUAAUUGAUGUCAGUUUUGUCAUUUCGUGAAGUACUACUAUUACUUGGCCAGUGAUUGGAUGACUAAAUCCACAAGAUUGAAUAUUUUAUUUGGUUUGGUGCCAUUUGAAGGCUUGCCUAUCAGUAUUUAAGAAGGAAACUGCCCACUUGGUGUGUAUCCUUGAUUGCACGUGGAGAAUUUUUAGACUUGACUGAAUUGGCACAUUCAGGCUUAAUUGACUGGCUUAAUUAGUCUCUCUCUUAAUGGUUUUGAUGAUUGGACUGAAAGAAAAAAAAGUAUUUUAGAGGGCUUAUUUACAAUCUGAUGGGUUGGGGCACGUUUUAGUAAGCAGCCUUUUAAUUGGAACUGGGUUAUUGAAACUACUUCAACAUAAAAUUACUUUGUGCUGCAAUUUAGUGACAAUUUAACAUAGCUCAGUUUGAUUGGUUUCUAAAGGACUGUCUUCCACAAGAAGGUCACGGUAAAAGCACAUUCCAGUUUUGUGUAUUGGACCAACUACUGGCAAUACCUACAUAUUUAUUCAAAUUAAAAGAUCUAAAAGUGAUUUCAUUAAAUAUUUUUAGCAUACUGUAUACUGCAUACUGUGGGCACAUUUAUAUAGUUUUUAAUAAGGAGCAUUAUACCAUACAGAUAUGAUGCUCAUUCACAUCAUGAUGGAGAGAAAAGACGUGUUAUUUCGUUCCUUUUAUACUCUAUUUUCGUGGAAAUCCUUGUGAUUUCUGAAGUCUAAUGCAAUAUCAAAUUAUUAAAAUAUAUUUUAAUGGUUGUAGGUAUGUAUAUUGAAUUUAUAAAGUGUAAAAAUCCCAUGAAUGGAAAAUUAAUUUGCACAUUUGAUUUAUAAUAGAUAGCUUAUGUGCCCAAAGGGUACUUAGUUUUGUUGUAAAUUAACUUAAACUAACCAAUGAUCCACUGUAAAUCUGCUUUUCACUGGAUUUGGUGCUCGUGUCAAAAGCAUUUCAAAAUUUUGAUCCGAGAAAAGAUGAUUUCUCCAGUUUCAAGUUGCCUUGAAUUUGUUUUCCUGUAGAGUGAUGUCUUGAUGUUUGUGUUCAGUCAUAAAAAAUUGGGUUGAGAUCUUCCCCUUUUUUUCUUUUUUCUUUUUUUCUUUUAAAUGUAUCUUGACCUGUGCCUCAUUCAUCAUGAGAAAAAACAAACGCACACAUGGAGCAUGACUUUGUUGCUGUGAUUAUCACCCCAGUGAUUUUAAGGUCUGUUGGGUCAUAUUAGCAACUAGUCAUUCUUGAGUAUUAAUUUAAAGGUAAUACAAGAACAGAUUGAUUACCUUUGGAAUGACAAGUCUCAACUAAGUUUAUUUUAAUAGAUUUUCUAUUUUAGCAAUAACGCUCAUGACGCUUGUAGGAAUUUGAUGGUUCAUUGGUUUGAACCUAAUGUGUUACUUGUCACUAGAAAGGGGAAAUGAACUUAUUGAAGAAUUUUCAAUGAGCUGAUCCCCUUCCACAGCCCCAUAUUUCAGUCAUAGAAACUUUAAAGUUGGUGUAUACUGGUGUACUAGGUGUUUAUUUCAUUUCCAAGUGCAAUUUACCAUUUUUAAUUUUUAUCAUUAAAAAGGUUGAAUGCAUUCUGCAUCCAUUCUGGUCAAAGUCAGCAAGUCUUCAGUAGCAAUGACACCUUGAUCUGUCAUAAAGUGGCAUAGAACCAGAGCCAUAUCCGAGCAACCCCACAGUGGCCUUUUGAAGUCAAAUACUAAAUACUAAAUACAGGUGUGGAUAUUCAUGCUCUCCUGCUGUUUAAAAUCCUUCCCAUUAAGGGCACCAGGAGAAAAAGGUUUUGAAGGAAGCUUUGGGCCGUGCUGUUUACACAGAUGUCAGACGAAGCUCUUGGCAGGAAGUUGCUGCUCUACUUUUGUAGUUUUUUUUUUUCUUUUCUUCCCCUCCCUCUUUCUGAGCAGUAAGUGUACGGCUCCAUCUUUCACCACUAGUCUGUGCCUCUUCCUGAGGUUUGAUUUUAUGUCAUGAAAGUUGUCCUGCACAUGGAGUGUUUGUCCCCAAGUAUACGAGUGUAUGUGUGUUUUGUAUAUAGUUGCAUCUUGAGAGUUCAAUCUGAGCACAAGGCUGGGUUUGAUUAAUUUAAUUAUCUGCAAUUCUAUGCUGAUAUCCAAAGAAUAAUCAUGUAUAAUAAUUCAUUUAUAAUUUCUUUUAUAUUGACUGUACAAUAAUCUGGCUGUAAAGGUAAAAAUAAAAAGUGAAUUGAUUUA